GCGAAUUCCAGGAUGAAGAAAAAAUAGGGGAAAGGUAAACUCAAAGUCGAAAAGAAAAUUAUAAGGAAGAAAUCUGAACAAAGCACAUCAUCAAAAGCAGGAAGACUUUAAAAAAGAAUACUACAUCUUUCCUUCAGUGCUUUAAACUGUAAACUGUUGCUACUAACAAUUUCCCAGGAAGAAAAGAAAUCCAGUAUUGGAAAACUCAGGCUAUAGUAUUAGUGAAGAGAGACUUUAGAGCAUACUGUGGGUGGUUAUGCAGGUAUUAGAUUUCGUUUACCAAAAGCAAGACUUACAUCACUGAAAACCAGAUGAUGGAAGGAACAGAAGCUUUAUAAAACAGGGAUGAGAAGGCAAUGCAGCAACUUCCCUGAUUCUGAAUAAAAACACCAAUACCAAAAAGACCACUAUGCUCCAGCUUGCAAACCUCUGUAGAUUCUGGUGUGACAAUCAUAAGGAUAUGCUAGUAAGCCCUACAUAAACCUGAUAAAAAGGUUAGCAAAUUUGAUAGUGUUUCUUUAAAAUAUAACAGAAAAAGAAUAAAUCUAUUAACAAAGAAAUUUCAGGGGCGGAAAGGUGGGGAAAGGAGUUGACACAGUGCAGUCAGAACCCGUUCGGAGACAUCAGGGCAAAGCUGAAGAAGGACCUGGAGCUGAAGUAGAAGCAUCUGAGGAAAACAAGGACAAAUCCAAGGAGGAGAGCAACCAGGAAGUGAAGCAUUAUGGCACUGGUAAAGGAGCUCCUCAGAGCCAGAAACCUGCUGCUGGUUGUGCUCAUUCCACUUCUGCUGCUUCCUCUGCCACUUUUAUACCCCAGUAGUGAAGCCUCAUGUGCCUAUGUGCUGAUAGUGACAGCUGUGUACUGGGUCUCAGAAGCGGUACCACUCGGAGCUGCAGCCCUAGUUCCUGCUUUCCUCUAUCCUCUCUUCGGAGUCAUGAAGUCCAGUGAGGUGGCUGCAGAGUAUUUCAAGAACACAACUUUGCUCCUCAUGGGGGUGAUUUGUGUGGCAGCUUCUGUUGAAAAGUGGAACCUACAUAAGCGGAUUGCCUUGCGUAUGGUCAUGAUGGCUGGUGCCAAGCCAGGCAUGUUACUUCUCUGCUUUAUGUGCUGCACAACCAUUUUAUCCAUGUGGCUUUCCAAUACCUCCACCACAGCGAUGGUGAUGCCAAUUGUGGAGGCAGUGCUACAAGAAUUAGUGAAUGCUGAGGAGGAGCAUGAGGUCAUCGGUACUGCAGGCAACACCAUUUCUGAAGAGAGGGAGCCAAAAGGUCUCAGCGAAAAACAUGGCCAAGCCUCAAUGGAGGUCAUUUUCAUCAAUGAGGAUGCUACGACCACUGACUUCAGCUCCCUGGUACAUACUAAGAAUAUGAAUGGUGUGCACAUGAUAGCCAACCCAAUUGGAACUGUGACUCCCCCAAACAAGGGGCAGAAUCUACCUCAGACUCAGAUACUUGUCCUGCCUCCUAACCCCAGAGAUCUGGACCUGAGCACUAAAUACCAGUACCAGUCCAGACAUGAUCACAUGAUCUGCAAGUGCCUGUCCUUGAGCAUCUCAUAUGCUGCAACCAUUGGGGGAUUGACCACCAUCAUAGGGACCUCCACUAGCCUCAUCUUCUUAGAGUACUUCAACAACCACUAUCCACAUGCUGAGGUGGUGAAUUUUGGAACUUGGUUCUUGUUCAGCUUCCCCAUAUGCCUCAUCAUGCUGGUCUUGACUUGGUUCUGGAUGCACUGGCUGUUCUUGGGAUGCAAUUUUAAAGAAACAUGUUCUGUGAGCAAGAAGAAGAAGACCAAACGAGAAGAGAUGUCAGAGAGGAGAAUUCAAGAGGAAUAUGAGAAACUGGGGAAUACUAGCUAUCCUGAGAUGGUGACUGGGUUUUUCUUCAUCUUGAUGACCUUGCUUUGGUUUACACGGGAGCCUGGCUUUGUUCCAGGCUGGUCAUCUUUAUUUGAGAAAAAAGGCUACCGGACUGAUGCUACUGUCUCUGUCUUCCUUGGUUUUCUCAUGUUCCUGAUUCCAGCAAAGAAACCAUGCUUUGGAAAGAGGGAUAAAGGAGAUAGUGAAAAUUCUACAGAUAUUAACUCAAUGGAGCCAAUAAUUACAUGGAAGGACUUCCAGAAGACCAUGCCCUGGGAGAUUGUAGUGCUGGUUGGAGGAGGUUAUGCUCUAGCGGCUGGAUGCAAGACCUCUGGCCUUUCGACAUGGAUUGGACGCCAGAUGUUGUCCUUGAGCAGCCUUCCCUACUGGGCUGUCACUCUGCUGGCUUGCAUCUUGGUGUCCAUGGUAACAGAGUUCGUUAGUAACCCAGCAACCAUAACAAUCUUUCUGCCUAUUUUAUGCAGUAUGUCGGAAACCUUGCAUAUCAACCCUUUAUACACUCUGAUUCCUGUAACAAUGUGUAUUUCCUUUGCGGUGAUGCUGCCAGUGGGCAACCCCCCAAAUGCCAUUGUAUUCAAUUACGGGCACUGCCAGAUCAAAGACAUGGUGAAAGCUGGCUUGGGUGUAAAUCUGAUUGGUCUAGUGGUUGUCAUGGUGGCGAUCAACACUUGGGGAAUUAGCCUCUUCCAACUGGAUACAUUUCCAGAAUGGGCAAUGGUCAGCAAUGUAACUGGUCAGUCAUAACCAUCAAUGACAAAACUUGCAGAACCAAAGCUGAUUGGGGCAAAAUAUUUAGUUUAAAUUGCACAAAUAAAAGGAAGGAAGAAACUUGAGUGUAUAUAGAUUCAGUAGCCUCCACAAAACCAUGAAGCAAGUCCAGAGAAAGGUCUCCCAUGAAAGACACCUUGCCCUUUAUUUCCUAAAGUGAACAUUUACAUUGCCUUUGUCAAUGUUCAAAAUCAACAUGAGAAUAAAAAGUCAGAUUUGCUAUGAUUUAUUGCUGCUUACCCUGAGAUACCAUAAUUCCAAAAGAGAAGCCUGCUUAUAGUUUUCCUCUUGCUAUAGAAUAAUUACAUAGAACUGUCCCCAUUGAAAUACAGGAUACAUGAUUCCAAGGAGAGAACUCAAGAAUAUAAUGGAUACCAUUCAGAUUUCCACAGGGGAUGUUAUUCCUAACUUGAAGGUUUUAUAAGCCUAAUUCUUUGCAAUGCAAAAAUUUUUUCUGAGGUGAGUCAUUGCUGCUUCAGAAGGACCAAUUAGUCAGAGACAGAAGGUAGAGAGAAAUCUGAAUAGCAAAUGUGUAGCACCCACAGGAAUGGGAGGGAAGAAACAACUACACAGAUAGGGACAAGGGGCCUGGGCAUGGCUAUAGGGGAGGGGACUGAGGGUUUCUCCACAGUUCUAGCAUGAAAAUUCAUGUACUGCAGUACUUGUGGUCUCUCUUUUGGAAAAGGGAACUUCAGAACCUCCUCCAGAUCUCAGUUGGAAAGUAUUUGUCAGGCUUUGCAUUCCUUUUUAUUUCACUACUGUGGUGAGAGCUUUCUCUAGCAGUGAAAGCAGUUCCCAGUAAACCCUUAUGUGGCCGGGCCACAUGUUCUCUAAAUGGAGAAGGGACAGUCUCAUCCAAGAUCACAAUCAAUGCUGCACCAUGAGUAAGAAGGGAGAGGGCUGAAGAGGUGUGGCACUGGCAUAAUCUCAACAUCACCACAUUCACUCCAAGACUCCACUCACCUGCUUUCUAGCAGCCCAAAGACCAGGAGCUCCAAACUAAGCUAGCUUCGAGAUACAGCAACUAAGAGGCAUACCAAGAAUAUGUCUGCACUGUAAUAUAAGCCCAGGGUUUGGACUCAGGCUCAAGCCUAACCCCUCCUUCCGUCUACACACAAAUUGCACUGAUCCAGGGUCCUAGGACCCCACAGGGGUGUAGGUUGCAAGUCUGAGUCAAGCCAGGACCCAGGGUUCAAGCCCUACUUCUUUGCAGAGUAGUCACAGCCCCAUGGGACUUGUGCACUGGGAGUCAGCCAAAGGUAUUCCACAAUCUUAUGGGUUGACUUUCUUUGUCCUCUGGACAGGCAAGUUUGGUGGAGGGUCACGUUUUCCAACCCUAGAGCAGCCACAUUUUGAGAGAGUGCUAGGAAGUCUGGGAUAUGGGUGGUUGGACUCAGGGCCACAUAAUGCAGUGUAGACUCUGGAGCUCCAGGUUGAGACCCAGGGUUCAAUAAUUCAUAGACUCAUAGACUCUAAGGUCAGAAGGGACCAUUAUGAUCAUCUAGUCUGACCUCCCGCAUGAUGCGGGCCACAAAAGCUGACCCACCCACUCCUGGAAGAAUUCUCUCCCUUGACUCAGCUGUUGAAGUCCCCAAAUCAUGAUUGAAAUACUUCAAAUCGCUAAGAAUCCUCCAGCAAGCGACCCCUGCCCCAUGCUGCGGAGGAAGGCGAAAAACCUCCAGGGCCUCUGCCAAUCUACCCUGGAGGAAAAUUCCUUCCCGACCCCAAAUAUGGCGAUCAGCUGAACCCCAAGCAUGCGGGCAAGAUUCUCUAGCCAGACCCUCUGGAAAUGAGUCUAUGAGUCUAUAAGAUUGGCUUAUAUUACUAGUCACUGGGGUUACAAAUGAGUGUAGACGUGCAAGAUAACUAGAGUUCUAUAUCCCUGGGCUUACAUUGCAGUGUAACUAUACUCCAAGGGGCCAGUCUCUCUCACCUUUCUAAAGGCGGAUGAUCUGCAUUACUGACUGGAUCCCAAUGAUCCCCAGUAGGCUUCCCUCAUGCAAUGUAUUUUUAAUUACUGAUUUACUGUCAAUUUUUGAUCUGUGUAUUAGGAAAAUUGGCUCUCACAUAAUCACUAUCUAUGUACUUUAAUCAGUUUUUAUAGAGCUCAUUCAAUAGGCUACCCACUUUGAAACGAGCAUCUCUCACAGUUAGUGUGAAUUGUCUACAGUGCAUCAAUAAGAUGUCAAUAAAAUAAAUUAUUCACUGUGUCAUGUU